AAGACUGAGGGUGCAAAGACCUGUUCGAAUAUAGUGCUUUCUGAUUCCUUCUGGGAUAAAGUUCACAACGUCGUUUCCUUCCUGCAUCCGAUGUACAAGGUCCUGCGAGCCGUAGAGAAUGAGAUGUGACCUUCGAUGGGGUUAAUGUAUGAGCUUAUGAGAAUUAUGAGAGGGGAUAAUGAUUGCAAUCCCCACUUCAUAUCAGUGGGUGAUCAAUAUCAUCGAUCGUCAAUGGACUGGGACUCUCGAGCAUCCACUCCACCAAGCUGCAUACUACCUAAAUCCCAAAUUUCAUUAUAAACGUCGGCUCCAUGAGAAUCGAGAUUUGACGAUGGCCGUUCACGAGGCGUUCGAACGAUUGUUCCCAGAAUCGACAACGCAAGCAGAUUUCGGUAACCAGUUGUUGCGGUUUAGGUAUGUGAGGGGUACGUUCUCAUCCGCACUAGCAAAAGCAUUGACUGAAACGAUGAUGCCGUGUGAGUGGUGGGCGAUGUACGGAGUCGACACGCCCACACUGCAGUUAUUGGCAGUCCGUGUUCUCGCACAGACUGUAUCCUCCUCACCUUGUGAGAGGAAUUGGAGCACAUGGUCACUCAUACACACCAGCAAGAGGAACAGACUAGCAUAUGAGAAGCUGCAAAAGCUCGUUUACUGCCAUUACAAUAUGAAGUUAAGAGAGAGGCAGUUGCGGGUAGACCGAGACAUGGAAGAAAAUCAAGACCCGUUAGACCUGUUGUCUAUAGGUAACAUGGCAUAGAUAGGUGAUGAUGAUGAGGACCCACUUUAUGAGUGGGUCAAAUCAGCUGAUUUAGAUGAUGCGGAGGGAGGCCCUGCUCUAUAGGUGGCCGAGGGAGCAGCGGCUCUGGGUAUCAAUGUCGAUCAGGUAGUAGAGGAACAGAAGGCGGAUACAGACUCUUUUGAUCUUUUGGUGAGGAGUUCAGCACGUUCCAAAGAGGGUGAGGAAGCAUCUUCACGGCCCCCUCCUCAUUAUCAAGUCGUAGUGAGUGAUGAUGAUGAUGAGACUCAACCCCCACUUGACACUGAUCCUGGGGACGACGACGACGACGUCGACGGUGAUGAGGGAGGGGAUGGAGGCACCGACACUAGUAUAGGUGGUACUAGUGGGGGUGGGGGUGGCAGUGGUGGGGGGUACAUGACGGCUCAGAGCCAACGAUCCGUUGGCCAGUUCACUGAGGAGCAGAGCUUUGACUAUGCCACUCAGGACGAGGAUCAUGGAUCUCGUUCACCAUCCAGGGCGAGAGCAUCAGAGCUCAGAUAU